UGGACCAGUUGCAGUUGUUCGGUCGUUCAAGAGAGCGAGAGGUCGAGGUCGAGAGCGAGAGAGCACGCGCGCAAAGGCCGUGAAUCUUAAAGCACCAGGCGCCUGUCUCCUCUGGGGGGGAAAAUGGGUCACUUCUUAGCCUUCUGUUCUCUGCUGGCUCUCGUGUCGGCUGGCCCUGCCCAGUACUUCAGGGAGGAGUUCGGGGAUGGAGAUGCCUGGACAAGCCGUUGGAUAGAAUCAAAGCACAAAUCUGACUAUGGGAAAUUCAAACUUUCUGCUGGGAAGUUCUAUGGAGAUGCAGAGAAGGACAAAGGACUUCAGACAAGCCAGGAUGCUCGUUUUUAUGCUCUCUCUGCUCGCUUUGAUCCCUUCAGCAACAAGGAUAAGACCUUGGUGGUGCAGUUUACAGUGAAACAUGAGCAAAAUAUUGACUGUGGAGGUGGCUAUGUGAAACUCUUCCCUUCAAGCCUGAAUCAAGAGGGCAUGCAUGGGGACUCGGAAUACAACAUCAUGUUUGGUCCUGAUAUCUGUGGCCCAGGUACCAAGAAAGUUCAUGUAAUCUUCAACUACAAAGACAAAAACGUCUUGAUCAAUAAGGACAUCCGUUGUAAAGAUGAUGAGUUCACACAUCUCUAUACCCUCAUUAUCCGACCUGAUAACACAUACGAAGUAAAGAUUGACAACAAUAAAGUGGAGUCUGGCAACUUAGAGGAUGACUGGGAUUUCCUGCCUCCCAAGAAAAUUAAGGAUCCAGAGGCAAAGAAACCAGAUGAUUGGGAUGAAAGAGCUAAAACAGAUGAUCCUGAAGACACAAAACCAGAGGACUGGGAUAAGCCAGAGCAUAUUCCUGAUCCUGAUGCCAAGAAGCCUGAGGAUUGGGAUGAAGAAAUGGAUGGCGAGUGGGAACCACCAGUAAUCCAAAACCCAGAGUACAAGGGAGAGUGGAAACCUCGUCAGAUAGACAAUCCCAACUACAAAGGAAAAUGGAUUCAUCCUGAGAUAGAUAAUCCUGAAUAUACUCCUGAUCCCAGCCUUUACUCCUAUGAAAACUUUGGUGUGAUUGGCUUGGACUUAUGGCAGGUCAAGUCUGGCUCAGUUUUUGACAACUUCUUGAUUACUGAUGAUGAAAAGAUUGCUGAAGAAUUUGGCAAUGAAACCUGGGGUGCCACAAAGGAUGCAGAGAAGAAAAUGAAAGAGCAGCAAGAUGAAGAGCAACGAAAGAAGCAGGAAGAGGAAGAUAAGAAGAAGAAAGAAGAGGAAGGAGAAGAUGAACCUGAAGGUGAAGAUGCGGAGUAUGAAGAAGACGAGGAGGAGGAAGAAAAGGAGGAGGAAGAAACAGAGGGCCCACCAAAGGAUGAGCUGUGAUAGGGGGUUGUUAGGCGUGGUUGUCGGCUGAGCCUCACCCUGGGCCUGUACCAUGCAGUCUGCUUGGUUGAACCCAACUAAGGAGAGGGGAUAACAGUAAUGUCUCUAUGAGACAGAAGAACUUUCUUUUUUUUAUUGGUGUUUUUGUUUGUCUUAACCUCCUUCCCAAAUACCAUCAAUUAUUCAUACACUUGUGUAGAGGGGAACUAGAACCUGCACCCUAAGAAGACUAAUUGUAGGAACAACAAACCUUUGAAAUGGGGACUAUACCAUUGACCUUUUUUAUAAUUAUGGCCACUUUUCCACAAAUGUUUGACUCCAGUGGUCCUCCAGAAAUGGAUGCCAAUAAAGCAGAACUCCCCUGUAUUGCCUGCACUUUUGCUUACCCCUUUAAGGUGCAGAAAGCUCCAACAGGUGGGUUCAUAUUUAAAGGGGUUGAAGGCUUGGGGUGGGAAGAUGACAUGGUUUCCAGGAAAUGAAACUGAGACCACCAGUAUUUUAUGGUGAAUAAGGGCAAGGAUGUUGACAUCCUGUCCUGCCCCAGGAAGAGCAGUAAAGGGAGUCCCUUUCAGCUGCUGUGCACGUUAGACAAAACAGGUGCUUUUAAAAAAAAAAAAAAAGCACCAAGUGUAAUGAGCAAACAAUUGUUUUUUUUUCUGUUUGGAUGACACCCCUAGCUUUUAGAUAAUUCAUAUGACAGCCUGUUCUGUAUGUGUGUGUGUGUGUGAUCAUUGCAGACCUUCAGCUGCAGGAUCGGGGGGGGGGAGUGUGAGAAAUUUCUGCUAUGUGUUUAAAGAUGUUUUUUCAGGCAGAGAGCUAGGGACAGAAGAAAGGGCUUCUGGAGGCAGAGACUAACACCAGAAGGGGCCAUCUCACUUGUUCACACUUAAAUGUAUGAAAGAUUGAAGAAAAUUUCUAUUAAAUUAAACUUCAUGUCUGGCCCAUA